AUGAUUGGCGUCCUCCGGCCACAGUCAACCCCAAGCGGUAGCAACAAUCCCAGCAGAGAAAUCCGAAGUCUUGUCCAUGGUAGUAGACGAGAGACCAAGAGCACCAAUGCCCCGGCGCAAAGAUAUCUUGCUCCGGAAGGAUGUGAUGACGCCCGGCACUUGGUGACCUAUGCGCUAGUAGAAGAUCUGGCCGGCAACAAUGCGUCUGUCACUGCGUCGACGUCGCCUGGACUCAUUGGAGGACACAGCAGUGAUGUCUACUCCACCAGGAAUGACAAGCCAGCGCCACCUCAGCUGCGGCCAGGCCUGCUCGCAGUUGCUGUUGUUCAAUCAACGAAUGAUGGCAAUCAGGUCAAGGCCCUCGACAACUGUGCGGAGGUUGGAACCAUUUGCGUGGCUGUGGCGUACCAAGGGCUGAACAGGGCUUCGCACACAAACGUGGGUACAGCGGGACCUGGAGAGUCUGUGCUGAACACCAACCUUUCAGUCUUUGGUGCGACCGGGCUAUCACCUCUCUCAGCGAGCGCCGGCGCACUGCGGAAGAUCAUACGUCGAUGUGCACAACUAUUUGCACCGCGUGCUGGUGGUAGGGAAGCACAUGGCAGCGAGGAAGCAUGUUUGGUGCUCUACUGCAAGCUUCCCGGCGGAGUGAUUAUGGUGUCUCCUCUGGACGGGCCGGCCUUUUGUCUCCGAAAGGAUGUCGGUGCGGUCGAGGGAACGAGGUCGGUGGCGCGGAAGGCGACUGACGGCGCACAGCAGGUGCGACAGAACAUGCAGUUGGCCUAG